AUGACGGAUCUCACUCCAAUUCUCAAUGAGCUCCUCAAGAGCCACGAUGCACCACCUACCACGGACCCAUCAUUGUCGCUCCGCAAUAUCGACAGUUUUCUUAGAGAAGCAUACGAAAUAAAUGCUGGUAUCGUAUCCCUAAGCAGGGAACUGCGAGGCAUACGACAGUCCUACCUUUCUACCGCACCACCCCCGAGGCGCUCAGCAGUAUCACAGAAGGGCAAAGAAUGGAAGCAUUUAACAGACCGUCAACGGGAUGAGAUUGAUGCUCAGACGAAAAGACUAUUACGAGAACUCAAUGCUCGCAUCCGGAUGCUGGCAGACGCGGAGCAAGUGAGGCAAAAUACUGAAGAGACAAUCCGGCGAAAGAAAUUCGGACGGCUGGGUCUGGGAACACUCGGAAAAUGGGCAGCGGGCGGAGUUGGGCAGACGAAAACGAUGGAUGAAGAGCUGGAUGAGGCGAAAGCCAAUGAGAUCAAGGUGCACCGCGAAAGCGUCCUAUGGUAUUUACGUGAAAAAUUGCAGGAUUGCGGACAGUUUCAGGCCUCAAUGAUGGAAAAGAGGAUUAUGCGACAAAUCGAAAAGAACAAGAACAUGAUAUCAAUGUCACGAAUGGCAGGCCCUGAGUUGGGAGGAUUUGAGAAUGCGCCAAUGCCACCGUCAACUUCACAGCCAUCAUCUGUAGCACAUCUGGAGACGAAAGAACAGUAUACGGACGAGGAUUUGACACCAGAGCAAAUCCAGAUGUUCGAGCAGGAGAACCAGGAUAUGUUGAAGCACUACGAGAGUACUCUGGACCAAGUGAGGACCGCAGAGAAAUCUCUCAUAGAGAUAUCGGAGUUGCAAACGCAACUUGUCAACAAUUUAGCAACGCAGUCAGCACACAUAGACCAGCUGGUCAGUAACUCGUUCGUCACAGCGGAGAAUGUCGGAGGUGGAAAUAAACAGUUGAAGAAAGCAACGGAGCGAAAGAGCACUGCAAAAUACGUGUUCUAUGCCUCCUGUGGACUGAGUUUCUUCUUGGUCGUAUGGGAUUUAGUCAUCUGA